GGAGAUGGUUAAUCAAUUUUCAAUGAUAUACCAUGUUACAGAUAUAUUCUUUGCCAUUUUUAAAAUAUAUUGAUUUGACUUCUAGAUAAUUUUCCAAAAUGCAGCAUCGCGGUAACAAGGAUAUCACACCCGAAAAUAUCAGUGAUAAAGUAUACAAUAGCUUAGUAGAAGUGAUAAAGAAACGACUCGUUAAUGGAGAUAAGGACCAAAAUAAUCAGCUGGAACUAUCAUUACCUAAUUUUAUGAUACCAGCGUUUGAUAAUGACGUAAAUGAAUUUAAAAGACCAAGCGAAUCACGACACAGAGACAAAAAUUGUCAUUCUCAACAAUCAAACGGUGAAACAGAUGAUGAUAAUAUGAGCAUUUCAUCUGUUAAUACAACUGAAAACAACCCAUACUCAAGUUUUUCCGAGGCCUUGAACAACUUGAUACAUUUGUAUAAUAAGGUUGAAGAUUCUGUAAAGCUACUCGAUCCUCCGCCAGUGCCAAUUACAUCAAUGUUUAGGAUGUAUAAUCCACAUGUAUCAAAUCUUUUUGAUUCAAAUCAACACCAUGAUACAAACGACUUGAAUAUAUCGUCAAUAUCUCAAAUCUAUAGAGACAGCAUAGCGUCCUGUUUGGUUGACUCAGACAUAUUUACCAGGAACAACAAAUCCCUAGAGAUGGAUAAAGAGAUGUUUUUUGCAGAGUUCAAUAGAUUUUUAAAUGAUAAAGGAUCUUGUAAAUUGUUAAAGGUGUUAUUUGGCUGGUACUUUUCCGGAUAUUUCACUGGGAGAAUGGAAGCCAUAACCCAAUUCCAUAAGCCUAGUAUUUAGCAGCACAUUUUCAGUAUUAAUAUCUUGAAUUAUU